CAACAAAUGUCGACCGAUGAUUGUGAUACACCUGCGCGAUGUAACACCUUCAGUGAUAUGGUGUUUUUUAUUUAAUUUUAUUUAUUUUUAUUUAUUCUCUUAGGCAGUAUCAAGUGUAUUAAUCAUCAUCUUUAUUUCACCGUUCAAUUUCUUAUCUAAUGUUCUCUGUUUAUGUUUGAAUUCUGUGAUUAUAUACCUAUUAGUCCUCACUCCAUAGUGCCUCUGCAUAAUAAGAUUUUUUCAAUCAACCCAUGUUAGUUCAUUCUAUUUCUCCGACUUACUAGCGGCCUCUUUCUUUGUGAUGGAUAGUUCGGAGUAUGAAAUGGUGAGGAACAUGACGCUGCUAUUCUUUUUUGAAAGACUGCUGGAUAAAGGUGGCCCCAGGACUCUCCACGAUCUCAGCUGCCAAUUCGGAGCCAAAGGGUUCACCAAAGAAAUGCGGCAAAUUGCUGGCGGCUCUCAGUCUGGACUGAAAAAAUUCUUGUCUCAGUAUCCUUCUCUUUUCAAGGUUGACGGUGAGUUUGUGUAUGAUUCACUGGCAGUAUCUGCAGCCAAUGAUGCUGAAGAGCAAGCGCCCACAUAUGUCAAAUAUUCUCCGAGAGAUUACGCCCAGGAGGCUGUGGAAUAUUUCAGGAACAAACUCCUGCAAUAUGGAGUUGGUACAGAGGUGCCAAUCAUAAGUUUAUAUGGUCAUAGAUCGCAAGCAUCGCCUGAGGUCAGACACAUCUCAGGGACUAGGGAUAAGGAAUUCAUUGAAUUUUUAGCCCGCUAUCCUGAGACCUUUGUCAUUAACGACGGGACUGUUACAUUAACUGAACACAUUGGCAAAGAGAAGCAAGUUUUUCAUGAAAUUGAAGAAGUUCAUAUAGAUCCUAGAAUCACUUUCAAAUUGAUUCAGUUUUUCAAACAGUGUAUCGAAUCGAAAGGACCAUCGCUCAUUGACACUCUCUUCCAUAGUGUUACAUUGCAGUACUCCCCAGAGGUAUGGUCAUGCGUGUUUCAGACACCACAAGACUUAAUGACAUUCUUCAGAAUUCACUCAAAUAUAUUUAGCGUCCAAUCAAACCUGAUAACUUUAGUGAAUCCACUAAAAAAUGAGAAGAAUGACUCUACCGCCAGAAAUCAAAAUCACUCACCACUUCCGAAGAAAGAAACAGUCAUCAAUAAUGUCAACAGUCCUGGAAACUUCAUUCCCUUAGUGCCUCCGGAAACUGCCGAGCAAACUCCACCCAUAGUUCCAAAACAAAACCAAACACUGAAGCAAAGAAUCAACUCACUGGUUCUGAAAACGCUCGCAGAUAACACUGUCAAAGAUCGAAACUUCAUCAAUGCAUCUGCAAACAACAACUCCUCAAAUCAUAGUACGGAAGAGAAAAAAUUCAAGAUAUUGCAGUCAACCAAAGUUAUUGCAAAUCAUAAAGAGUGUGCUCAAAUUCUAAGUGACAUAACUGCAUCCUCGAACCCUGUUGUUGCAUUUGAUUGUGAGGGAGUCAAUCUUGGAGUCAAAGGGACUCUGUCACUUCUCCAGGUUUCCCUCAGUAAUGGGCAGGCCUAUAUUUUUGAUUUGAUCACAUGCCCUCAAAUCAUCACGCAAGGAGGUUUUCAGGCAUUUCUUGAAUCGGAGUCUGUCGUCAAAGUCAUGCAUGACUGCAGAAAUGAUAGUGCUAAUCUUCACUAUCAGUUCGGAAUCACUCUGAGGAAUGUUUUUGACACUCAAGCGGCUCAUGCAGUUCUUCAGCUUCAACAUACUGGUAAACCAGUCUACAAAGUGAAGAAUGUGAGCUUGAAUAAACUUUGCGAACUGUACCAGGUGCCGCAGAAUUUCCUGAAAGAGCAACUCAAAGCUGUGUACCGAAGAGAUCAGCGUUAUUGGGCUCGACGACCUCUUUCACGAGACAUGAUCCUCUAUGCUGCAACAGAUGUUCUAGUUUUAGUACCUCAACUUUAUGAUAUUUUGCUCAAACAAAUCACUCCAGAUAUGGUGCCAUUAUUGAAAGAAUUGUGUGAUGAACAAGUGUUUAUGAAUAUUCAACCAAAUGAUGUGAAGCUGCGUAAACGUCAACGGAAAGUUGAAAGUGAAGUCUCGGAUCUGCGUUCAAAACUGGCGCAAUCAGCUCAAACAGGUCGCAAUAUUGUUUUGAGCAACAGAGAAAUUAGGCUUCUAAGGUACUUAGAACUUACUGAUGAAGAAAAAGAAAAGCUUAAAGGGUCAUACAAAGUUGCUCGGAAGCUAGAAAAGCUGCAAGGAAAAGGAAAGGAUGGUGAAGAAGGGGAAUCAGGAGAAUUCCAAAGUUUAGAUAGUUAUAAUAGUGAGAAAUCCUCUCCCUCAGACUCUUCCCUUAAUGAAGCCUUGUCUCCAAACUCAGAGCCUCUGAGUUUGACAGAAUCCAUGCAGCUGAUGGAUAAUAUACUAUCAGACAAGGAAAUGGACCGUUUGGACAAGAUGGAACGUUUGGAGGAGCUCCUGACAGCAGCAACUAUGAGCGCUAGUGCACCAGUGUCAAAUAGUUCAAAAAGCAAGCUUAUAGAAACAGGAUCCCAAACUUUAUCGACAGGCGACAUUGUUAUCACAAAAGUUUACUGUGAUGACGACACCUCGCAAUUGACACUAACGAAGAAAUAAGCUAUUCCGAUUUACCCCUCCACAAAUAAUUUUUCAGAAUGAGCAGUUUUAUUCAGUAAUCAUUUUUACCCACAGCAAAUUUUCACAAAAUUAUCUUUAUUCCUACAGUCUGUAGGAAAAGGGACCUUCCGGCUAAGAACUCGAAAAUACAUUUUUGGUACCCCCUUUUGGAAGAGAUUUCUAAAAAUAAGUUUGUGUGAUGAACACUGAAAAAUGUCAAAUCAAACCCAAGUUUUGAUGGAUUAAGUUUGCAAGUCAAAAAAUGUAUUGUUGAGAAGAUUGCAACUAAACUUUUAUCGUGCCAUUUUUGCAAAAAUCGUUGGAUUAAAUUGGAACUCAUGCCCUCUAUUGACAUCAAUACAAACUGCACCUUGAGCAAACUUUUUGUCAAUAUACAAGGCCGCCUUUCUGUAGAAAAAUUAAAUACCCUCUAGUAAUUAAUUAGAUUUGACACAAAUCUUCAUUGUGAAAAAUUCACCACCAGGAACCGUCCCUUUUUCACUUGUUGGUCACAUUUACAAGUCUCUUUCUCUUUCUUACUUUUUUUCUUCAAAACUUCUUCCACAGCUUUUGAUGCUGAAAAGUUCUCGCAUAAGUUUCUUUUAACUUUUUAAAGUAAAUUUUUAUUAACAAGCUCUGAUUUAUGUUGCAUGUAAUCCAAAUGUAAUUGAUAUCGACUCUCAGAGCUCCAACUCAGAUGGCAAUGGGAGUGGUAUCUAAGAUAAUCAGAAGUUAUCAACGUACUGACUGCGAUAUUAAUUUAAUUUUUUUUAUAUUUUUUAGCGGCUUUUUUUAUUCAAAUAAUCUAUUGAAAUUAGAUAGUGUUUGAAAAAGUUUAUCUCUCUGUCUUGUAUUGGUUUGUGAAGAAACCGACCACUUAGCCUGGGGUAUUUUCGUUUGUUCUGCUACUCAGUCUGAUAGUCACAAUCUGCUCUAAAAAAAUUGAAUGUAUCAUAGGACUGCAUCUAUAUCUUGUGAGCAUACGAUACAUAUUUGAUUCUUGGAAGUUUCCAUGACCGAACAGUGGCCUAUAUCACCGUUAAUCAUUCAAACUCAUUCUUUUAUUUGUCUUUAGAAAUUUCCUGUUCCACUGCCGUAAAAUUAUGGUAGUUUUUGUGCCACCAUUUUGCGCAAAUGCUAUUUGUAGGAAUGUUUUAAACCAUGAUCUGCAUGUUUGAUAUUUGUAAUGAUUGCUCAGAAAAGUUUUAUGUAGAAAUGUUUACGGACAGCUUGUAGCAUGACUCAACAGUGCUGUUGAUGAUAUCAAGGAAAUGCCCCAGGCACGAGACUAUGGCUUCAAGAUAGCCUGGACCAUAAGUUUUUUGUGAUAUCAACACAAUAAAGCUUGAUCCGUGUAAAAUAAAAGGCUCAAAGCUGGUCAAGUGAGAACUUACAGCUGAUUCAUGUUACCAGGCGUUAGCUUUCGUAAGUUUUCCCAGACCAAAAGAUGAAAUUCAGGUUGUUUAUCUGUGAAUAUCCCUGUAUUUUAUGGCUGAUAUUUCAUGCGGUUUUUAAACUUGAUGUUAGAACUCUCAGUAGCAGUGUCUGUGAUUCGGCUUUAGUAAUGUGUGAUAUGUUAAGAGCUGAUACUUAUUGUUAGCUGAAGUUUUGCAAAUAAAUAAUUUACAUUUUAUUAUUUUCGGCCAUGUAAGUUUAAGAUCUCCGAUGGAGCUCCUAAGUGACACAAUAUCUUUAUAGAGGGACCACCAAUCACCAUACCCAACGAGAACGCCAAAAGUCAAAAUGGCAGGAACGGAAGUUCUGGUCAAAGACCCAGAGAAAAAUCUAAAGUUCUGGGAAUAUUGGGUAAAAUGCCUAAAUUCUAGGGGGUAACCCCAAAAAAGCACAGAUUUUGAAAUGCGCUGAAAAUUCAAAAAAUCCAGACUUGAAAAGACAAACCAAUCAGAGCUGCUUGCAUCUUGUCAACAACAACAACAAUGACAAAAAUAAUUGCAUCCUAGUUCUCCAUUUUAUUCUCACCCAUAUUCCUGAACUUGAUCCUUGUCCCUGCAUCGGGUCACUUAAGAGCUUCAAAAUAUUUAAGCUUUUUUGUACUUAAUUUUUAAUUUAGGGAAAAAGUGCUAAAAAAUAUCGCCCGUUUUAAUGCUUCAUGUCUGAUUACGCUUUUAAAAACUCUAACUUUGUGCUAUGGGCAGAAUAAGAAGGAAAUGGAAUUUCUGCUAGGUACUUCAUUCCUUCUUCUGGUUUUGAAUUGCUCCUAAAAUUGACAAGAGAUGGAUGUUUUGUCAUCAUAUAAUUUACUUCAGUAAUCAGCCUUUAACAUGCUCAAUUUUAAGGGAAGACUCUUUUCAUGAGUCAUUCUUUUUUUAAAACUUAUCGUUCAACGAGAGGAGCAGCACUCAAAGCAAACUGUAUCAACUGCAAUAGUCGGACGUUUAUCUGAAGAAAGACACGAGUGCUAUUUGAUUCACCUGGUGUCAACGUUUUUCUUCAAUUGAGUCGUUCAGUAGGCACAACCCUAAAAUUAAAGCUAAAGCUACCAAUCAAUCAACUCGGCGCCUUCCGGACGGAAGAACGAAACUCCAUUCCGAGGUUGCAAAAUUCACUCAAACGAUUUAAUUUUUUACAAGAAUGUACCGGGGCAAUUUUAUCACAAAAUUUUCGUGAUAUUUACAUGAUAUGAAAAGAAAAAUAAGUGAGAUUUCCAGCUAGAAAAGCCCAAGAUUCCUCUGAUUAAAAUAGAAUUUAAGAAGGAAAAUGUAGCAUUACUCAAAUAUAAUUACGUUUUUCAUGAAGAGAACGACCAACUGUUCAGCAGUUGCUCAAAGUUGCCAAAAAACAACACAAGUGAUAACACUAAGUUCAUCAUUUCCACCCAUCAGUUUCAUGUUUGAAUAAUCAGUUUGUUUUGUGCUACUCACCGACAAAAUCACCUUCAUCACCUAGUUAUCAGACCAAACGAGGCCUAAAAAUCCUUAAAACUAGAAUUGGUAUGAGCUGUAAGUCGCAACGUACGGAAUUUUCCCCGUUUAAACUGCUGCCCUGGCUGCAAUGUUGCAAUUCCUCUCCUGACAGAAAUAUUAUGGUGCCUACCCUGGGAGUUCUUUACCAUCGGAAGUUUCAGUAUUACUGAUUAAGUUGUGUCUCUUUAGGAAUGAAUAUCAGCUGUAAUUGUUUUUCAACCUGUAAAUUUAGUAUAAAGAGUACUAGUCGUAUUGUUUUAAGGAUUGUCGUGAAAUUCUGCAUUUUUAUAAGACAGUUUUUUCGUAGCUGUUUUCUCAUUUGUAGCAUGAUAUUCAGCUCUAUCCAAAAAAAAAAAAAAAUUAGUUUUGAUGAGAGAGAAUGGAUCAGCAGAAGGAGAAGUCUGUGUCAGUUUCUAUCUUUUUUUUUUUUUUUGCUCCUUAGCUCUCAAAAUGUAAUUCUCGGUUAUCACAAACCAGAAUAAAGUAUUUCUUCAGAUCUAUUUUCUUAAAUGUAAAGUAGAACAAUUUGUUUAUUGAUUGUUGAAUUUACAAACCACAGGAAAAAACCCACUUUUUUGGAAGUGCAAAAAAACUGUGUCCCUUAUCUUAAAUGAUAGGGAGGUAAUAAUUCGUAGAGAUUGCUAUGUAAUAAUUAAAGUAACAUCAAAUAUUUGUUCCCAUAGAGAGUGAUAGAAAGUAUCUCUAAAAAAAAAAUACCGUCUAAUUAUCGAGGUUUUUAUCAGCCCAUCACAUAGAGCUUAUUAUGCCCUGACACAUGACUUAAAUCUGUGAUCAUUCUUAUUCUCUCGUACUUUUAUAAUUUUAGUAUUUCCUUGUACUGAAAUUAUUUUUCAGGGAGUCUGAUUGCAAUAUAUUUUUAAGACAAUAAUAAUAAUUAUAUAUUAAAAAUUAAAGAUAAAAACUUAUUUUUAAGGACUAUGUGUCAUAAAAGUUUUAUUUAUUGUUAAAACUACCUAUUACUAACAGGAAUUAUCAUUGUGGGAUAUAGUUUGAGCUAUUAUUAUCUAUUCAAAUUAAAUGGAAUCGACUGAUUAAAGAUUCUGCCUCUGAGCCGUUUUAAAAUUAUAUUAUUGCGUGCUCAGCUCACGGUUUUCUCUUUUACUCAAAUUAAUUUAUUCUGUAAUUGCCAUUAUCAGUUGUCAUACCGUCCAAUUUUAUCAAGUGCCUGUUAGUGCCUUUUUUAGUAACCAAACUGUGCUGAAAAGUUAUUUAAAUCUGAUUAUGUUCACACAAAUAAUUUGGUGUAUGUUAUUAGCCAAAUUUAAAACUCAGUUCAGUUACUUUUUAGAGAAUUGUACUUUCGGCCAACUAAAUGCAAUGGAAAUGACAAUCGGAAAGAUACCAAGCUUUUUUUACCUAAACAUAUUUGAUCUAUCGAAAUGAAUUUGGAAGUUAUGAGUAUUAGCAUAAGACUUGCAUUUUAGAAGUACAUUUGUCGGCAACAAUGUCUGAAAUUGUUGGAAGAAUCAUUGAAAAAUUUCCACUUUUAUACAACCUUGCGAUCCAUUGAAUUUUGUGCAGUGAUCUUGUCUCGGUAAAUGGAGAUGAAGGAAGUUCAUUAAAAACUUGAAUAGUCGGUAGCUUGUGAAGGGGGAAAAAGUAUUAUUAUUGAGAUUUUUUUCCUUCUUAUAAGACAUUUCAUAAAUUGAAAAAUCAGAAAUUUUUGUUCUUGAUUGUAAAGAAAAUGGCUUUGUAGCCUGUCAUCUGAAUAUUUGAUUUUAACUCCAGGCAAGAGCUUUCAAAAUUUUGCGAGUUCAUGAUUGUAUUACAUACAUUAUUCGUACCAAUUUAAUUUCUUCAUAUCCACUGACAAAACAGUGUUCAAAACUGUGAAACUAGGAUAUAAAAUAUUUGUCCAUUUCCUAGUGAGACAAAUAUUUGUUUGAAUUUUUAUCCUGAACCUCAGAAGGACCAGCCUCUCAUAAAGAUUAAAAAAUCUGAUUUGAUUCGCUCCAUUACAAGCUUUUGAUAGGUCAAAAGUAAUUAAAAAUUCUGUAACAGAAUUGAGUGUCCACCUAAUGUAAUAAUUUCCUGAUCAAUACAGAUACCAAGUAACCAAAUUUACUAAUUUUUAUGGUAGGAAAAAAAAACAGACAAUCAUUAUGAUUUUACAAAUGCUGAAGAUAUGCCUUGUAUAAAUCUAAUUAUGCUCAUAUCAAGUUACGCUUGGAAAAUGUACCCUCACUUCAACUAUAAGUAAUUGCGCAUUGUCGGGCUGAUAUUACUAUCACAAUAAUUUUCCUAUCAAAUUUUUGUCUGUAUCUUCUCUCAUUCAUAGUAUGUGUGUAGUACCAUGGUAUUACCAGUAUGUCUUUGUUAAUAUCUCUGCCCCAUACUAGGAGACUCAGAACCCCAGUAAUUUUAUGUGUCUUGUUGCGAAUUUUUAAUUUGAACUUGAAAUAUAAUUAAAAGAAUUUUUUCCCAGCAGCAACUGAACUAAAGUAUAAAAAAAGAGAACAAAAACGUAAUUCAGUUUGUAAGGCUGAAAUGAAAACUAUUAAUGACUUAAAGAGGCCAAAAUACUUCCGAGAUCAUAUCAAUCUGCUGAGUUGUGUUGUAUGUGUAGUACAAGAGAGCCUCCCAGAAAGCUCUUUGUCUUCUUGUGCGAACUUGCCUUAAAUUUUGGUAAAGGUAGUGUCGCAAGCCAAGCACACUCGGUUUUACAAAUUAUUUUCAGCCCAGUUGUAACUGAUUCAGUUAAGUCAAAAGUGUCUCCAUGACUGUACAGAAGUUCGUCAACUUUCAAGUGUAAUGAAUACACCUUAAGUAAAUAUCAGCGAAUCCUUGUCACAUUUAUCUCAAAUAUCAUGCAUCCCUCGUGAAGAAAUGAAAAACAGUUGAUGAUACGUGGAAGUUAUCUUAACACUACUCAACAAGUCUCAAAAAAAUAUCCCUCAAAUGAUCGUGUAUUUUUAGUCAUAAGGAAAUGAGGGAAGAAGUAGUUUUGCGUUGUAUAGUAGCAAUCAUACUCUUAAAGGAUUACACAUACACUUCUUUUGCCUCCCCCCCCCCCUCAAUCAAAAGGAUAAAGCAAAUUAGCUAUGCCAACAGAAGCGGAAGUCCCAGAGGGUUUAAGAUGAGCAUUGAUCUUAGGAUUUUUGGGUAGUGCCUUUUUGAUUGGUGAGUCAUAGCAGAUGUUGUCACCUAGAUCAAUUAAAAUUUACCUUUUUGCUAGUAGUGUAUUAGAUUUGGGAGCAUCAAAAUGCCCCCGGAUGCAUAGCAUGAGAAGUGUUAAGAAGCUGAGAAGGAAAAUCGGUAACUUCAGCACCUAUGGAGUAUUCGCUUCUGUUGACUUGUCAGUAUAUUGCACGUUGAAAGCUUUGAAGUUUUAAUGUGAUACUUGUCUGAUCAUCCUGAAUGAAAACUAUUGAUGUAUCAAAAGAGAUUAUAAUUUUGGUAUGUCUAGGUGUACCUCCUAAUUUUAGCAUGAAUUAGCUGGUGCAAGGACAAGUUUGAAGCAAUAAUCAGCUUUGAUUAGCAAAUUCAAAUGUCAACGACGAAAUUCUCAAGAGACAUAUCUCGGUCUGUGACACUGCAGACUUCUUGUCAUACUUUAUUUUUCAAGUGGAAAUCCUCUCAACAAUAAUUCCAAAAAUCUGCCGUGAUUGUUUUCUCUUCGAAAAGAAAGUUCUGUGAACCUUUCAAGGAAUAAUGUUGAUUUUUUUUCCCCUGAAAAAAAAAAAAAAAAUAAAAUAGGAGCAGAGCUGUUUAAACACUGCAAACGAGAUAUGUGACUUGAGAGUUUCACCGUCGAUCUGUACUACUGUAUAAAAACCUGUAGUUCUCUGAUCAUUGAUAAUUUUUUCUCACCGCGGUGCAUGUGAAUACUUUUAAUACUGAUGAUAAAUAAUAAAAGAAGACCUGUUUGUUAAGUUUUUUCUAUUUAUUUUAAAUAUUUACUUGCAUUCGAUUAAAUCAUUUAGUCAAAAAUCAA